AUGAAGAUUCAGGCGCAGAAGGUCCGGUUGGCCAGAACUCAGGGCCCGUAUUAUGGCGGAUCUCUGCCCAACGUCAACCAGAUCGGCAGGAGCGCCUCAGAGCUGCAGGGCUCGUUUCACUCUCCGCUGGACUCCAGUCGCUCCACGAGGCAUCAUGGUCUGGUGGAGCGGGUUCACAGAGACCGACGCUUCAUCUCUCCCAGCAGACCCUACAGGAGACAAAUGGACAGCUCUCACAGCAGCUCUGUGUAUCUGUCUCCGCCCCCUGACCCCAGCUGGAGAAGGAACUGGAACAGUAACUUUGAGACGGACAAGAGCCAGAUAUUCCAGCAGCUGUCGACCACAGCGCUCAGCAGGACUAACUCGGACUCGGCGCUGCACACCAGUGUGAUGAAUCCUCCGGCUGGAGAUCUGUUCUCCGCAGGCCUCACAGCACCGGGCAGACGAGCCGUCUUCUCCUAUCCUGUUCCUCCCAUCGAGGAGAACGGCCCUGAUGACGGACGCCUCCUCAAACCCUGGGACUCCAGAAAGCUGCCGCUGCUCUCUUCACGACCAAAGUCCUGUGAGGUGCCUGGAAUCACUGUGUUUGCGUCUCCGGACCAGCAGGGCGGCGCUCCUCACGGCCUGACUGUGCUGAAUACAGGCGGCUCUCUGCCGGAUCUGUCCAGUCUGCACUUCCCGUCCCCGCUGCCGACCCCGCUGGACCCGGACGAGCCGGGAUACCUGUCUCUGAGUGCCGGAGGCAGCACGGGGAACCUGACCUGUACCCUCACGCAGCUCGGCAUCCACAGCCCCAGCGCCUUCCACUCCACAGGUCUGCUGCCGUCUCUGCAGGGCACGUCCAGUAACCCCUCCCUCCAGUCGUCGCUUAGCAACCCCAACAUCCAAUCGUCUCUCAGCAGCCACUCGUUCCCCAACUCGCUGAGCUCCGCCUCCCUGCACUCGUCCCUGAGCAACCCCUCCCUCCAGUCUUCGUUAAGCUCCUCCCCCUCGCUGAGGUCAUCGUUCAGCAGUCAUUCGCUGCAGUCGGCUGUCAGUAACACCAGUUACAGCGCUUCGGGCUCCUUCCCUCCGCAGAUGAGCACGUCCCCACGCAGACGAGCGCAGCUGACCCCGGUGACCCUGCCUCCAGACACACGCAGACAUCACCCCAAACAGUUCUCACCCACCUCCUCCACCCUCAGCUCCAUCACACAGGGUGUUGCUCUGGACACCAGUCGGCUGCAGGUAGUUCAGAGGUUUUCUCAGUAUUCCUUCGGGCAGCAGCCGCUUCAGAAGGGUCUGGUUCCUGCGCAGACGCAUGCGCUCCACCCGUCGUCGCAGACGGUGCAGCUUCACCUACACAACAUGCAGAAUCUGCACAAGACGCAGAACUUCCACAUGCAGCCGCUGAAGUGGCCGAGCCCCGGUCAGAACCAGAACCCCGUGAGCUGCGGGCCUGCAGACGCGUCACAGCCAGAUGCGCAGACGGGACAGACCCGGUCCGACCAGAAGAACCAGCCUUCCCUACGGCAGAUCAGACCGGCUCUCAGCAGAGAUCUGGACCUGUACAGCGACACGAUGUUCCUGAACUCUCUGCUGGACGACCCAUACCUGGGCCUGCAGUUAACCAGCCACCAGAACGUGAGCCAGCAGUUCAGUCUGGACUCUCAGCUGGAGGCUCUGAAUCAUGACGGUGGCUCUUCUGCGGUUCUGAAGGCUCAGAGUCAGCCGAUGGAGAUGCUGGACUCAGAACAACAGACGAGCAAUCAGAACCAGAGUCAGAGCUACACAGAUGGGCGGAACGCCGUACCCAACAUCAUCCUGACCGGUGAGGGACUGACUGACUGAUCAUCUGUGUUUGCUGAACUGACGUGUGUCUGUGUGUGUGAGAGAGUGUGUGUGUGU